AUGGAGGACGAUCGGAUUGCCGCUCUUAUGAAGUAUGUUCGUGGAGAGAUAAGCUUUUCUGAGUGGAUUGAAAGCGGUGCAGGAUCUGCCGAUGUGGAAGAUGAGAACGAGACGCAAGAUGGAAACGGAGAUGAUCAGGGAGAUGGGGAAGCUGGAGGGCUACAAACCACAGAGGUUAAUAGUCUGAGUGAAGAAAGGAGUGAACCCACAGGUGAGCAGAAAAUAUGUUUGUCCAGUUCAAGAUUACUUAUAGACAUCAAGUUUCAUAUCAUCGACUUUUGAUUUCUGGUUGCCACUCAUGACACCUACCAAGUCUUCAUUUCUCUUGGAAGACUUGCAGUUUUGACAAAGAUCCGCCAGUCCCCUAGUCACUGAGAGGCUGGGGAAUCUUCCCCUGAGUGAGAUGCAAAGCUUCCAGAGUGAGACAGCAUGAUCCGCUUUUGAAUAGAAAACUAAGGAAGUCUACCAUUUUCCUGAAAUAAAUUCAUUGCUAAUCUGAUACUCUGUACCCCAAACAGGUGAAUCAUCCUGAGUACCACUAUUUGACAUCUUUGCACUCUGCGCAGCUGUAAAAUUGAGCCACUCUAUGGGUACCUUUAAGCCUGUGAAGUCUACCAUUUCCCCCCCCCGCAAAAUCAUUUCCAAUCUUACUCUCUCUAUAUAUAACAGGUGAAUCAUCUAGUACAAUAGCCUGAGCCUGCAAGCAAGCUCUCUGCAGGCGCUUUGGCAGCAGGGCAGCAAAAGGAGGGACAGCUUGCAACUACGUCUCUGGAAUGUGAAUAUCUGCAUUGAAAAAGUGGAUGUGAAAUGCUUAUUGGCAGAGAUGACAUUCGAAAUAACGUCAUUACCGUUGGCAUGUGUUUUUCAAUGUUUGUUUACAUUCAUGCUCAUUUCCACUUUGCACUGAUUGGUGGAAAUCUGACUGUUCAGUGGACGGGGAGCUAUGGGGGAAUAUUUGGAGGUGGAAUUCAAAUUCCAGAGACAUAGUUGCAAGCUCCCGUUCCUUUUCCGGCCCCGCUGCCAGAGUGACCUGGAGAGCUAGCUUGCAGGCUACUAGUACAACUAAUUUUGACGUCUUAACACUCUGCACAGACCUAAAAUGGAGCCCCUCAAUGGGUAUCUGGAGACAUCAUUUUCGAUCAAAUCCCUGGUUUUUCAAUGAAAUUUUUGUGUAUCAUGAAAAUGAGGAAUUAAAAAUAUAGAAGCAACGGAUUAAUUUAGCUAAAUACAAAGUCUCAAUGUGCAGUACACUUUUUUGGCAGAUUUCUUUGCCAUCAUCGCAUGACUAAGGUAGUCUAACUUGUUCAGAAUGGCAGUGCUAUAAUUUGUCACCCUAAUCUCUAAAUUGUCGUUGCAUUAAGAGUGAUGUUCAUCAGGAGAAUUCCACUAAUAAUCAUGACUAUCCAACCAGAUCAGUUUAUUCCAGAAUGGUAUGCUUGACAGAGAUGGGUUUUAGCAAAAUUUUGAGAAAAGACUAAUAUUUCAUUUUCAAAAUGACCGCUCUGGCUAGGAAUGUACCCUUGGAAAAAACUUAAAAGGAAAGAUACUGCUUUUUUAAACAGGGGCUUAUGCAUUUUGUGUCCUGUUCUCCAGAUGUUGCUACGACCACUAGUAAUCAAGAAAUGGUGAUUCUUGUAUCAGAGCCAAUAUUCACUCAGCUGUCAGAAAUGGGUUCUCAGGCAUUAGCCCUAAGCUCUGCCACAGAGAGUCCAGUCCGGGACUCAGGCAAACCAAACAACAUUUCAUCUUCUUUGCAACAAACAGCAUCAGCCCAAACACCAAUUAGAAUGACAGAUCUCUUAUUACAAGGUUCUGCUGCAAAAAGUGCGCAGAAGCCUGGUGGAACUGGAGUGGAUGAGUUUAUGGAAGAAAUCAAACAGCUCAGGGCUCCACGGCGCAGGGCUGCACGGCGUAAACUUUGUGAGCUACCAGCGAAACACAAGCAUACAAUGGGCCAUGUUAAUAUGUUGUGGGCCAGAGGAGAGAUGGAAAAAGCCAAAGGAAUUUGUAUGGACUUGAUUCGACAAGGUUGGUCACAUAUUAUUUACUACAAUACAAUGUAAGAAUUGAUCACCUGUAAUACCACUAUAAUGUGUUUCUACAUUUCUUUGUUAUUUCAUUUACUUAAAAUUUUCUGUGACCAUGAUUAUUCGGCUCAUUAUAUAUAUAGUACUAAUAAAUUGUUACUUCCACUGCUUCCAGUUUCAUCUGAUAAGAUGUUUGUUUAGAGUUUGUAAAUAACAAAAAAUUUAAAAAAAUAAAAACUUGACAUUUUUUACUUUGUUUUUGGAUGAUGUUUUUUUUGUGCAGUUCCAAAGUGCUCGGAACCUUUCCAGACUUUAGGAAUGAUGUUUGAGGAGCAGGGAGAUAAAGAGAAGGCUCUUCAGGUAAAUUAUUUGUGUAUGUAAGACAGAAAGCAAAAUUCAUUUUAAAAAAAAGGCAUGUAACUCUGACUGGUAAAAAAGGUUCUCGUAUUUUGGGGUUAUUAUUGGCAAUUUGCCCUGUAAGUAAGUUCUUUUUGGGUAAGGAUCAGAAAAAUACAUAUACUUGUGUUUGGUCCUAAAAAAGAAAAUUUACUGACCAUAUUCACAACUGUAAAUUCCAAACCUCCUUUAUGCAAGAUCCAUGAAGGAAAUUAGUCUACACUUUACAUGUAUAUAAAACUGUUUUUGUUGUGAGAUUACAGUUUUUUACAAUUUCUGGUAAUAAAAUCAAUUUUCAGUGGUUAAAAUAAAUUAUUCUUAUCAUAAUUUAACUGUUACCCAGUCUAUAUAGGGAGUUUGUGUGAUAUUGCUUGGCUAAACAGGUGAACUCAUAUUUUUGGGUAUUGAAAUGGCAAAUGUCUGCCAGCGCGUUCUUAAAUCACAAAGUUCUUACACAUGGGGUCUUACUGUAACAGGAUUGCUGAUUUAGUAUUACAGGAGAAAAUUUCAUCUUUCACAUAUGUUUUUCCCCCACCUGGCCCUUUCAUGAAUAACGACCAUUUCUUUUGAUAGUCAGAGGGGUAAUGCUGACAAGCCACACCCUUUUUCCUACAUUCUAGUUCUUUCUUAUUGCGGCAUAUCUCAGUAAAUCAGGAGACUCAGAAGAAUGGGCAAAGCUUGCAAUGAUGUCAAUUGAACAGAGUAACUUAAACCAAGCACUGACUUGUUAUAACCAAGGUGAGUUUUUUAUGACCAAGGUGAAAAUUAAUGUAUCUGUUGUACAUAGUUAAUUUUUUAUCUCAGGUAAUUUUUGUUUUGUUUUUUGGGUAUGGUAAUGCAUGCUAAUGAAGUUGAAACAAAGGAAAAAUAAAAAUUACCUGUGAUAAAAAAUUAACCACAACAUAUUCAUUUCUGAGUAAACCCUUUGAUGACUCAUACGGGAGACGGGGGAGAUUGCUGCCAUAUCCAGAAGACUCUUGGAGUGUCACAGAAUUGUUAGGUGAUACCUCAUGUUUUUUGGUCCUUGUGGGAAUUUCACAUUUCCAACGAUUUUAAUUUCUUUAUGCAGCUUUAAAGGUGGACCCAGGCAAUGCAAACAUCCUGUGGGAUCGUGCCGCUCUAUACUAUCAGAUGGACAAUCCUAAGAAAAGCUUGGAAAGUUAUGAAAUGGCAUGCCAAGUAAGCACAUGUUUUCCCUAAAGUACAAGUGUGGAGUGGUUCUUACCCUGCAGUAUUAUCUACUGGCACAUUAUCCAGUUGUUACCCUUGAUAAAUGAUUGCAGUUAAGGACAACAUUAAGUGAAACUGCAAAAUUGCUUUUAAUUUCACAGCAAUAUUUUCCUCUUCUAUUUGUUAAUUUUCAAAAAAAUUGAAAUUGUCCAGAAAAUUCCCAAGUUUAUUUGUAUAAUCCUAAAGAUAAAGUGAUAGUGACAUGUCAUGAAGUAAUGCUUUAGAUCAGUGCAUGGCAGAUCCAGACCUUCAGAUAAGGGGGGGAGGGGGCAGUCAUUCAGACCCUGAGAUAAGAUGGUCCACAAGAAUGUUGAAAAGUUAGAAUUGCAUACCAUUCUGGCCUAGCUCAUGCUAGAAUUGUAUACCAUGUUUUACAUGUAUACUUGAAAUUGCAUGACUUCCAAAAGAACGUUGCACUCGGGAGCAAAAUUAUUAACAGGCGUCACCUCAGUUAAGGGCCAUGCCCUUUCAGCAACUGUGUUGCACAUACAUUUAUUGAUUUGAUGUUUCUAUUAACAUGUUUUGGAUCUGGAAGGAGAAUAUUCUUUUACAUAAUAAUGUGUAAAACAAAGAAAUAGAAAGAAAGAUUUCUUAGUAAGCUCUUACCUAAAUAAGUGCUGCCCUUAAAUAAGCAGCGCACCAUCAAGAUGAAAACUUAGAUGAAGGCAAUGGUGCUUCUUUGAGUUAACACGCUGAUCCAUUAGCCAUUAAACUUACUGUCCUGUACUGUGUCGCAUGACAUAAUUUUUGUAGAUUAUAAAUUAAGUAAUCCUUGAUCAUUUCCUUUGUCUUAUAGGCUAUGUCAUUAAAUUUUGAUGAUGGGGCAAAGUAUAUGGACCUUGUGUGUGAAAUGGCAAAGGUAGGACAAAGUCGUAUCAUUAAUUUUAAGAUUCUGGGAAAUUUGUAUCUGGGUGAUGGGGCUUGAAGGGUUUUAAUAAUAAUAAUAAUAAUAUUAGUAUUAAUAAUAUUUAAUAAUAUUAAAAUAUUGUGUAAAUUUUAGCUACAUCAUGAAAACAAGAACUUGGAAGAAGCCAUUAAGGUUCUUCAAGCUGCAUUUUCACAAUAUCCAGAGCAUUUUAAUAAUCAAGGUGGGUACUUUCAAUUGCAAAUGAAACUAAUUAUAGCACGCGUCAGAUAACGGGUAUAAUUAUCUUGAAUAAGGUCUUUUUAAUACGUCUCGUAACCCAACCACAUAAUGAUUUGUGUAAAGCUGAGCACUCGGGGUUUUUUGGUGCUAUCCUAUGAUGUGAAUAUAGUUUAAAGCCGUGGCCUUUUCUUUUUGUCGGACCUGGGCAACUUUGUACGUUUGAAACGGCCAUAGUAAGCAGCGUGAUGGCGCGGUUAGAGCGCUGGACUUGUGGUCCGGAGGCCCCGAGUUCGUACGUCCCAAAACCUUGUCCAUCUCUUGGGAAAUCCGCAGUUUCGAGGCAAACAUCUUUUGCUGAUAUAUUAACACGUUGUUUCUUUUACAGCCACUAACAUGCUUGCUGAUCUACUCAUGGCAUCGAAGGCGUACGAGGAGGCUUUGCAGGUAAUUCUUCAUCGGACAAGAAAGUCUUUUAGUUUUGUCCCAGUCAAGCCUGAAUUUUUUCUGGUUCUUUUUCAACUGCUUAGGUUGUUUAUUCUGUUUAUUCUACUGCGAAGACCAUGUUCACUUUCAUAGGCUUUAUUCCCAGUUUAAAAUGAUUCAUUUCAUAUAUUCAGUUAGGUUUGUCACAGCAUUGGAUUGAAUUUGUCGUGAUGACUGGUUACAAAGGUGUUGAGCUGAAGUUGCUGUUACCGCGAUUAACAUAUGAUGGUGGUGAUGAUGGUCACGGGAGAGCUAGUAGGAAACUUAGUUGGCUGUUUCAUAGAAGUCUGAAGGCAAGAUUAUUAAAGGAGAGACGCGAAAAAAUAGUUUGAGAGAUAAUAGCUUAGAGCUUUGAGUAAUCCGGUGAAUGUGAUUAGCAGUCGAACUUCCACAGGCUGAUUUCAGGUUUUAAUACUAGAGGUUGAAAAUUUUUUUGUUUCCAAGGAGCGUUUGUAACGAAGACUUUCAAAUAUAAUGACGACCACGAUGAUGAUGAUGAUGAUGAUAGUGACCGUAAGCAACGACGACGACGACUCCAGUGAAAACAUCACUAAAAAAAUAAUUUGCGUCUUUUCAAACUUUAUCGCAUCUAUUUGGAACCGCUCAAUACGUCAAAUGUAUGGGGCGAUUUUUCCUGGAGUUGAGUUCUUAAGGGCUUUAUCGAUGUUCAAAUAGAGAAGGGAAAAUUUGUUGUAGUAUGUCCACCUCCUCCAUAAAACCUCGCAUUGGGAGGUUUCACGUCGUAGUCGUGUAGUGGACGUUAAAGAAAUGUACUAAAAAGCGUGAUGAGCGUGCAGAGCAUUUGUUUUACUCAUAAAUCCGUUUGUUUUUUGACGUUGUUGUGGUCGUCGUCGCUUAAGGCUCCUAUUUGGGAGCUUCAGCAACGGCGAUGGCAACGGUAGGGGAAACUUUAAAACAGCAAUAGGCUUGUUAAGCAAAACAACACAUUUGCACGUGCAUCACACUUUUUUUUACAUUUCUUUGCCUUCUCCGCACGACUACGACAUGAAAAUGCAUAAUUUCACGUUUUAUGGAAGACAUAAACAAGCGACGACGAAUUUUCCUUCCUCUUUCUAAACUUCGGUGCGGUCCCCAAGCAAUCAACUCCAGGGAAAUUCGCCCACUUUUGACAUUUCAAGCAAACUGGAAUAAACGCGGAAAAGUUUGAACAAACGCGAAUUCAUUUUUAAAGUGACGUUUUCGCUGCCUUAGCCGUCGUCGGUGCUAAAGCUCUCUAAUGAUGAUGGCGACCACUACGACAUCGACGAUGAUGAUGAUUAUGAUGACGAUGACGAUUACGAUGACACUGACGUGAUGACAAUGGUGAUGACGGUGAUAAAACAUUUAGUCUUCCAUUGCAGAUUAUUCUAAAACACUGUGGGGCCAAGAAAGAGACCAACACAGAACCUACGAAUGAGUCACCUCUGACAGCAUUCUCCCUACUCUUGAGUCCAACCCGGCAGGCAAGCACAGCUAGAUCCCCACAGAGAGACAACAGCGAAGCUCCAGUCAACUUAGUUCUUCCUCAAGACUUGCCGAUUGAUCUACGUGUCAAGAUUGUUGUUUGUCUUAUUUAUCUACGGCAGCUCGAUCUUGUCAAGGUAAUGGUUGCUUAAUAGAGACCUUCAGAUUCUGAAACUGCGACGACUGCGUGAACGAGAUUUGCUUAGUACUAAGUAGUGCGCGUGCGUGAGUCAGGGUCAUUUUGGCGGGAAAACGCGGUAGCCUUUGUCACUCUACUACGAGUUUUAGAAUGUCGAGAAUGUCGUAGUAGUGGAAAUAAAUACGAACGACAUUAAGAGUUGCUUAAAUUUUACGCUACCAAUACUGGUCGUUUCGCUACAUUACAAUGACAAGUGCAGUUUAGUCGAUAUACUACAUGUACCGAUACGAUAAUACGUACCUUUCACUAACCAAGUUUGAGUUCGUUACAGUAAGCUAGGGGCCACGAUUUUUCACGUCCAUUUAUGACGUGAGCGCGAAACUUGUUACUGAUAUUUUAUGUCCCUGGUAAACCGGGCGCGCGAGAGCAAUAUUUUACCAAUUUGCAGAAGAUAACACAUUUAUGAUGUAUUGAAUUUUUCACUUUUUUGCAGAAAAUUCUUCAUCCCUUAUUCUUUCAAUCUGUGGAGACUGUUGGUGACCUGUAUAUGGAUGUCGCUGAAGCUUGUGCGGAAAAUGGUACCAAAUUAUAUAAGAUGACAUCGUUAGGCUCAUUUAUUGUUUAUGUUAGGCUGCGUGCAAACGGACGCAACAACCCCAAACAAUGUUGCGCCAACAAUGUUGGGAGUUGUUGCGUGCGUGUUGGCAGUGGUGUGCAAACGGAUGCAACAACUCCUAACAAUGUUGGGACCUGCAGUGCAUCGUUGGAAGGAUACAACCCGUAUAUAAGUCUUUGUAAACCAUGCAUAAUGCGCGUGCGCGGCCCCAACAAUGUUGGAAGAGUUGUGCAAACGGAUCCAACAUUGUUGCGCUACGCUUCGGCGAUCACGGAACAAAAGAAAUGUUGGGAGUUGUUGGCUGAAAAGUUUAACCGGUUUCAAACUUUGUGCAACAACAUCCAACACCAUGCAACAGGGUGUGCAAACAGACGCAACAUGUAACAUCCAACAAUGUUGGGAGUUGUUGGCCAACAAUGUUGCGUCCGUUUGCACGGGGCUUUACGAUAGUAAGCGUGUGUGGCCUGUCAACAGCUCGAUCUCCGGAUCUGGAGGUCUGGGGUUCAAGCCUCGCCCGUUGCGUUGUUUCCCUAUACAAGGAACUUUACUCCACUUUGUCUUUCCUCACACUGGUGUAUAAAUGGGUACCGGCGACGUACUGCUGGGGGGUACCCUGCGAUGGAUUAGCAUCCCGUCCAGGGGGGAGUGGCAAUACUCUUAUGCAUGCUACCGGGAUAAUCAUCUACUGUUUGGGCCUUUCGCUCGUGUGCACCCGGCUUUACCUUACCUUCACCUGCGAGAGUCCUGUAGGCAUUGAUCGCGACGUUUCGACCUCGUACUGCUGGUGUUAAUAAGGCGAUAGUGUCAAUUUACUGAGCGGGACUAUUUAUAUAACACCAUGGUACAGCAUAUGAUUGGCGCAUUACGAAACUCACUCGUGGUUGGUGGGUUUCGAUCCGAAGUAUUGUUGACAAUACUGAAGUAAGAAUCUUCAUUUGCCCUUAGUUGUCCACUGUGGUUGUGUUAUAAGAUGAUUUUUUCAAUUCAGUAUGUAUUACUGUAAUUAUUACUUUUUCAACUCAGUGUGUAUUGUAAUAGUUACCUUCGAGGUCACUUCCCAAAAUAGCAGUUAGUAAUAGCUCGUAAGAAAUUGCUUAUCUAUUGGACUAACAUAAUCCUACGCACCAUAACCCUACGUAACAGGUCUUGUGUUUCUUUGCACAGAGUUAGUUGGGAUUUGAUUUUUUCUAAACAACUGUUUUUUAGGAGACUACGAAGAGGCUCUACCCAUUCUCGACAUACUCAUCCGAUCAAAGAAUUACAACAUGGUGGGUGUUUUUAAUUUUGAAUGCCAUUUUCGCGGCUGUUAAAUCAUUCUUUUUAUGUAUUACCGGGGCUUUUUCUACCGGCAUUUUCAUCUAAACAGGGUUACGAAGUAGCUUACUUGACAAAUGCAACUUAGUAUGAACUCAAGACAAAUCAAUGUCAUUUUUAAUGAUGAGACAAAAAUAAAUUUCAAGAUUCAGUGCAACUUCAUCCCGGCUAUUGGUAGUGAUUUGGAACACUAAACUACGUAAUUGUACCAGUCAAUGACAGACUCCCGCAGUUCACUAAGCCAAUCAAAACUUGAAGCGAAUCACAUUUAGGACGUACCUAGCGCGGGAAAGCUUGUGAGCAGGUAACCAAUUUUUUGUCUCUUCUGAUUGGUCGAGAAAAUGGCGCGAGAUUUGAUCACCACGGUUUCUUUCUUUUCUUUUUAUUGGUCAAUAUAGGUGGUGAAAAAUUGUACCGCUAAUCAAAAAAAUAAAGUUAAAGCGGAAUAAGGCUAUGGUUAUUUGUAAACCGUUCUAAAUGAGAGAACGCUAUCUUAACAAUCUGUUGAAUUAUCUCACGCAGGCAGGUGUGUGGUUAAAGAAGGGAGAAUGCCUACACUCUCUUGGAAGGUUAGACGAAGCUGCCUUUGCUUACGCGCAAGUUGUCAACUUAGCUCCAAACCACCUCGAUGCUCGGCUGAUUCUUGCAUCUCUUCAUCAGCAGCUGGGCAGACCCAACCAGGCACUGGAUAUUUUAUCGGGUGAGAAGUCGAACAUUUUUUACUAUGUCAGCGACAAAUGAAAUCAUCGUGAGAAGCAUCAUGUUUUCUUUUGGAAAGAACUUGUUUCGAUGUGUGUUGUGUAGAUGUUGAUGAUAAGUAUUAUAUCGUUCUAAAAAGAAACUGAAAAAUAAUUUAGGUCUGACGUGGAUUAGAAACCAGAUCUUUGCAAUGAGCGGACGCAAAGCUGUAUCCAGAGAACUUACAUGUAUUAAGCCCACUGGAGAGCAACUCAAUGUGCGUUUUCGUAAAUAUAACCUAUGGUGGUAAGUGGCGAUAUAUUUGAACUGAAGACCAAGCAAAUGACAGGUACCAUAAAAGGCCGACUUGGCCGUUUUCCAAAUAGUUUACUACAACGUAAGACACAAAAACAAAAAACUGUGCCAGUGGUCUGGUUUCCUCGUCGUCGCGAGAUCAAGAGCGUUUUGUUUGGGACAAACGUCUGGGGGUGUAAAUUUCUUAUAACGUUUGUACGUAUUGCAGACCCCAGAGGUAUAGAAAUCCCUCAGGAUGCUUCCGGUCGAGAGGUUUCCAUGGAUACCACUCACAGCCCUGCGUACACUGAAGAAUCUGAUUCAGAGCCUGCAGUACAGCCACAGGUUGGUCAGUUGCUGAGAUUUUUGCUGCAGUGAUGUCUCUUGAACCUCAUAAAAAAGAUGGACAAACAAUACGCUCUUCUCACAUAUGGUAAUAUGCCCGUCUAACCUCGUUUACGGGUAAAAAUUCUUUUGAAAUUCAAAUACGAAAACGUCGUCUGAUUAGCAUUUCAAAGGAUUUUUUACUCAAAAACGAGGUUAGACGGGCAUAUUACCAUACGUGAGAAGAGCGUAUUGUGGUAGCAACCCAGCGUAGCUGAUUAAGGUCAAUUCUGUGCUGAAGUUAUUAUUAAGUGCCGUUACACAUACACAAAAUGCUCCUUUUGAGUCGUGAAUGAGUUAUGGCUAUUUUUACAGGCAUAGCAUUCAAACUUGAAAAAGAUGGCGCAACUUUUUCAAGUUUUAAUCCAUGUCCACCCUUGAUAUCCUUUGCAACAGACGACAGGAAACAGUUUCAAUGCCUAGAUAUAGUCUUAAAUAAUAAACCUAGGCUUUUAUUUUUGGAAUUCUAUUGACGCAGAGAUACGUUUUAGCUUAUUAAAAAGAUAGCGAAUAGCGCGACAUAGUCCCUUCAGCCAGCCUGGCAGACUCUUGAAACGAGAGGGAAAAUAAGACAACGCGGAGGCGCCCUUCCACUACUAGCGCUAACGCCCUUUUCGUUUUUCUUUCAAGCGCCCAUUACUUACUAAAUUUAAAACACUUGGAGAGUUCCAAGGAAAACCGUAAUGACCGCUGGUUGUUGUUGUAAAAAAAAGAUGCCAAUGUAAAAAUGUCUAUUUACGCGGUUUUCUCUUCUUUCUCAAAACAGGAUUUCAGGCUUCUUUACCACAAGUGUGCACUUUUGCAGUCGCAGGAUCGUGUCGACGAAUUUGUUGAAGCAGGGAUUGAACUGUUUAAGUUAUUUUUCAACGAUGUGUACCACAAUAAAGACCUGAUGGGUAGGCGAAGUUCUCUGAUGUCGUGUGUUGUGCUUUUCUUUCUACUCUCCCUCCCUCCUUCCCUUUCUCCCUCUCUCCCUCCCUUCUCUCCCUCCUCCUUCCCUCCCUUCCUCCGCCCUCCCUCCCUUCUGUCCUCCUUCCUCCCUUCCUUCCCUCACUCGCUUCCUCCCUUCUCUCCUUCCUCCCUCCCUCCCUUCCUCCUCCUUCCUACCCCCAUUCCUUCCUUCCUCUUAUCUUGAAAACUGUCUCAGAGAUGGCAAUUUUUUAGAGUAUGGUGAGGAAUAAAAGGCCAGCUACUUAGGCUAGAUUAGUGUCUACUUCUUACAUAACACACUUUUCUUGUUUUGCUUAUUAGAUAUUGCCUUGAGAUCAGCAAAGUACAAAAGAGCAGAAGCGAAGAAAAAUGAACCAUCGGAUCAAGAGGGAACUAAUUUGAAACCAUGUAAGAUAUUAUUAAGUCUAUCAUAACCCAUGGGCCUGUGUCGAAUUGAAGAAGACUAAAAAGUAACAAAAGCAAAAUAAUGAUUGUUAUUGGAAAAACCAUGAUUUUAUGAUUUUUGAUGAUUUUUUUUCCUUUUGUUUUAUAGCUUCCCACACCAGGAGUAAGGGCAAUACUGGAAUUAGAAAUGAGGAGUGGUGGGAAAUGUUAAAAAAGGUAAGUAACAGUGUUAAAAGCCAUUUUUCCCCACCCAAGGUUUUAGGUCAUUUUGACACCUUUGCACGCAAGACUGGGUGGGCGUUGUUUGGAAUUGCACUGUGUAGCUAUUUUAUAGGAUGAAUUCUAACCCGGCACAACCUCAAAUAGUCUGAAAUGUCAACUGUCUUCACCCACUAACCAAUGGGGGUGCGCUCCCAAUGAGUUAGGGGGUGGGGAAGAGUGACAUUUCAGACUAGCCAAUAACAGUGACUGUACAGAGGAUAAAAGGCGAGAGAGGACUUUAUAAUUCUAAUAAUGAUGAUGAUGCUGAUGAUGAUGAUGAUGAUUAUGAUGAUGAUGAUAACAAUAAACAAACAGACAUUUUGUUUCAAUACUUGAACUCCUUUCAUUUUGUUUUUUUUUUUAGGUUGUAUCGGCUCUUAGUCAUUUAAAACGUCAUGCAGAUACUCAGCACUUGCUGCUAUGUGCCUUGUCGUCUGACCGCUUCUCAAACUCAAACUUCCAAACUGGACUUCUUUUCAUGAGCGUCGUAGCUCUGUACCUCAAUAGGGAAUACAAACUGGCGUUCGACACUGUGAAAAUACUCAUUGCCAGGGACAGGCACAAACCCUUAUACUGGAACUUGAUGGCCAGAAUCACCGCAAAGUCAGGCGAUACGAGGCACCAGCGAUACAUUCUUCGACUCUUGAUAAAGCACCCAGAUGAGCUGCCACUUGUUUUAUACAGCGGUCAUAAUGCUGCUGUCAGCGCAAGUUAUAAAUUUGCAAUAGGUAGGUAGGGUUCCACCGCACUUCUAGCUCAAUUGGAUAAACGGAGGUCUUCCGAGCGAGAGGCCGCUGGUUUAAACCCCAGCCAGACGAACACUCAGGGUCUUUUAACAACACAGGAGAAAGUGCUGCCUUUGUAAUAUCAUCUGCAAAUAGUUAGACUUUCUAGUCUUCUCGGAUGGACAAUAAACCGUAGGCCCCAUCUCACAGCCCUUGCACUUGUAAAUUCUGCGUGACGAUAAAGAACUCACAUGCUGUUCGUAAAGAGUAGGGUACGUAGUCUCCGGUUCGGUGAUCUAUCUUUUAUGGAGGGUUGUGGGGUGGGGGGGGGGGGAUGUUACGGACUCACAGUAAUUGGCGCCAUGCGCUGUUGCGGUGACCCUGCCAAGAAUCGGCGCACCCAAAUAAAAAGGUUCCCUUUUUGUAAAAGGAUCGAGACGCAGACACAGACCAGUUUAUUUUUAGAUCGAUUUUCCUACGAAUUUUGAUGUGAAGAAUAAGUCUUACAAAUCAGUCAUCAAAUCCCAGAGACUAGAAAAAAGUAUUUCUGAUGUUUUGAUAGCAUUUGCUUCUACUUCUUGUAAUUAUCGUACUAUGGAUGCAUACGCAUAGGGAACGAUGCUUCCAUUUCCGCGGGAAAAAGUGCCCCAAAAAUCAUGCUAAAAGGUUAAGUAGGGCAGUUGCAACCUCCGGGUUAUGGGCUUCUGUUUUGGUCACGCUCUGAAUCGGUUCCUGGUUCCCAAGUAUAUUACGUUACUUUCUUUGUUUUCCAUGACAAGAUUUUAUUUUACAAUGCAGGCGAAUACAUCAGAGCUUUUCGUCAAACACCCCUUGACCCGCUAGUUUCUUUAUGUUUGGGCCUUCAGUACCUUCACUUGGCUUCUCAGCGGUUCCCAAGACAUAGACAUACUUGUGUUAUACAGGUAAAAAAAAAAAAAAUAAUGAUGAUGAUGAUGGUGAUGACGAUGACCAUUACGACGUCGACAACAAUGACGAUGACAAUGACGACGAGGAAGAUGAUGAUGACAAUAGCGAUGACGACGACGAGUUGAUGAUGAUGAUGGCGGCGAUGAUAAUUUUGAUGACGACGGUAACGAGCACGAUGACGACGAUGAUGACGACAAACACGACGAUGACGACAACGAUAACGAUAACAAUGAUAAUGAUGAUUUUGAUAGUAAAUGAUGUUGAUGAUGAUGAUGAACACAUUUGCCUUGCUUCCUCUUUUCAGUAGACCUGCACCGUUCUAAACCUCUGGUUUCACUGGUCCCCUUUAAACUGCACUUCCAUUGUUUUCAGGGAUAGGGGCAUUGUUAUGUGACAAUCCCUACUGUUUUCCCAGCUAAUCAAAAACAAUCUUUCAAAUACGUGCGGAUCGCCCCCUCUUUUACGCUCAUUCAACUCAAGAAAUACUGGAUUGUUUCUGGUGUUCCUCCUGUAAUGUUGUUCACGAGGACGGAGAGAAUCAUGAUAAAGCUAGCUAUUUUACAUUUAAGGUCUAGGAUGUUUAACUGUCUCUUGAAACUUUCUGUUUUGGGAAUUUUCUGGUCAUUCUCAGCUAACUAGCCUCAGUAGCAGUAACUGGAUGUCCUUUCUUAUCCUCGGUGUAAACCCAGUCUACGAUUUACACUGAUUAUUUCUUCUUUCCAGAGCAUCGUAUUUAUGUUUCAAUACCUCGGUCUCCGUGGAGAGUGCCAGGAAGCAUUUUACAACUUAGGGCGAGCAUUCCAUCAGUUAGGUAAGUAAGCUCCUUUAUCCACAUACAAAUUCUGCAGACUGAUCUCCAUACAUUUCCUUUAAGAAUUAGAUGAGAGAAUUUGGUUUAAGAUCAAAGUAUUUUCCCUCGGCUAGGUGCGUCACAUGCAUAGGAACAAGUAACUUAAACACUCCGCUUAUCACGAAACCAUUGUCCCGUCUGUGUAUAUGAAACUGCGCUUGUCGCGCGUGUAAACAUCGUUGUAAUUAUGCUUCAGGGGAGCAAAAGAUGGCGCAGGGGUGAGAGCGCUCGCCUCCCACCAAUGUGGCCCGGCUGAAAUCCCGGCAUCGACGCCAUAUGUGGGUUGAGUUUGCCACUUGGCUCUCUUCUCUGAGAGGUUUUUCUCCGGGUACUCCGCUUUUCCCCUCUCCUCAAAACCAACACUUCCAAAUUCCAAUUCUACCAGGAAUCAGAUAGACGAAGAACCACUUAGUGGAUGUGCUACCUCUAAAAUCGUUAUUUAUUAUUUGUUUAUUUAUAUGUCAAGGUUUAAAGUAGUACAGUCAAACUCCGCCUUACGGACACCUCGUCAUUACAGACAGUUUACUUUUUCCCUGGGGAAAGAAAGCCUUUACCUUUUCUCUCAAUUCAGCCCGCUUAAUACGGAUAUCUCUAGCUAUGGGCCCCCUCAGUGUUUGACUGUAGUAAUUCGAAUCUCUAAAGUUGUCCGAAUUUCUUAAUUUCUAAAGUCGAUUCAAUCUUGAACGUCGCGCGUGUUUAAGGUGCGCAAGCUUGCGAAUUUUCGGUGAAGGUUUCUAGUACAUGACAGAGCCAGAGUAUACGCUACAAUAGCUUUUUUUGUAUUUUUAUUUCACCUGCAGGACUUCUUCAGUUUGCUGUUCAUUACUACCAUAAGGCAUUAGAAUUUCCUUUACACGAAGCCUCUCUUGAUGGUGGACAAACAGCGGCCAAGGUAGGAGUCCUGUAUCUUUACCAGGUUCUAAGCAGUCUGCGUACGCGAGAAUUUUAAAUAGCAUGAGAAACAGCCGACGUUUCGCGAGGCCACCAGUGUUUUCUUCUGGAAAUGACGUUUGAGGAAGGGCGCAGAUAUUCCAUACUGAUGACGUGUCAUUACCCAGACCUGGGUAGUGCUUUUGAUUGGUCGUGCCGCGAGGGAAAUUUUCCCCAGCCAAUCAGAAGUGCUUACUAGAUCUGGGAAUUACAGGUCAUCAGUAUGGAAUUUCUGCGCUCAUUUUUCAUUUUGCGGGGAAACAUUAUUUUAACGCGUAGUUUUGUUCAGUUUUCAGGAAAACACGAUUUACAUAGGGAGACAGCGUUCAAUUUGUCAUUAAUUUAUCGCGCAAGCGGAAACGAACUCAUAGCAAGAGAACUGCUGAGGAAACACUGCUGUAUUUAAAGAAAUUUAAAUUGUAAAAUUACAUAGCAAAAGGCCAAUUUAUGUUGUACAUAUUGUAUAUUUUGCUGACGUU